GGCUUCAUUGCUGCGUCUUGACUGUUCUGCUGUUGCUCUAGUGCGCAAAACAAUGAUGUCUGCAAACACUCAAGGAGACACUUUAUGCUUCUUUAUCAAUGGAAAAAAGGUGACGGAGGGCCAUGCCGACCCUGAAACGAUGCUCUUGUCCUUCCUGAGAGAGAAGCUGAGGUUAACAGGAACCAAGUCUGGAUGCGGCGGCGGAGGCUGCGGGGCGUGUACAGUGAUGGUGUCACGCUACCAGCCGGCUACCAAAACCAUCAUCCACUAUUCGGCCAACGCGUGCCUCCUGCCGCUCUGCCAGCUGCACGGCGCCGCCGUCACCACGGUGGAGGGCAUCGGCAGCUCCAAGACCAGGAUCCACCCGGUGCAGGAGCGAAUAGCGAAGGCUCACGGUUCCCAGUGUGGCUUCUGCACCCCGGGGAUGGUCAUGUCCACCUACGCCCUGCUGAGGAACAAACCCCAGCCCAGCCUGGACGACCUCACCGAGGCGCUGGCCGGGAACCUGUGUCGUUGCACUGGUUAUCGGCCCAUCGUGGACGGCUGCAGGACCUUCUGUCAGGAAACCAACUGCUGCAAAGCCAACGAUGGAGCAAAGUGUUGCCUAAAUGGAGAAGAAACUGCAGACGCACCCGGGGACGAGGAGGCAGGGAAAACCCCGGAGCUGUUUAACAAAGACGAGUUUCUUCCAAUGGAUCCAACGCAGGAGCUGAUCUUUCCUCCAGAGCUGAUCCUGAUGGCGGAGACGCCCAACCCUCAGACGCUCUCCUUCCACGGGGAGAGGAUGAGCUGGGUGUCCCCCGCCACCCUGGAGGAGCUGGUCCAGCUGAAGACCAGGCACCCCGGCACGCCGCUGCUCAUGGGCAACACCAACAUAGGCCCGGAGAUAAAGUUCCGAGGAGUGGUGCACCCGCUGGUGAUCUCCCCCGGCAGAGUCCCGGAGCUGUUCCAGGUCUCUCAGACCACACAAGGGGUUUGGGUCGGCGCCGGCUCCACCCUGUCCGAGCUGCGCUCCCUGCUGGAGCAGCUGCUGGCUCGGCUGCCGGAGGAGAAGACGGAGCUGAUCGGAGCGUUGGUCCAGCAGCUGGGGAACCUGGGGAGCCAGCAGAUCCGCAACGUCGCUACUCUUGGAGGCAGCAUUGCGAGUGCACUCCCCAACUCCGACCUGAACCCCGUGUUGGCUGCUGGGAGCUGCAAACUCAGCGUGACCUCCAGCGGAGGACGACGGGAAGUCCCGCUCAACCAGGACUUCUUCGUGGGUUUUGGGAAAACCGCCCUGAAACCGGAGGAAAUCGUCGUCUCAGUCUUCGUCCCGUUUUCCAGAAAGGGGGAGUUUGUGGGAGCCCUCCGUCAGGCUCCGAGGAAGGAGGCGUCGUUCGCCACCGUCACCACCGGGAUGAGGGUGCUCUUCUCCCCGGGGUCCCGGGUGGUCCAGGACGUCAGCAUCUACUACGGAGGGAUGGGUCCCACCACCGUCUGUGCUCACAAAACCUGUGACGCCAUCGUGGGAAGAACCUGGGACGACGAGACCCUGGGCCGGGCCUACGACGUGCUCCUGGAGGAGCUGGUCCUCCCUCCGUCGGCCCCCGGAGGGAAGGUGGAGUUCCGGCGGGCGCUGACUCUCAGCCUCCUCUUCAAGUUCCACCUGGCGGUGCUGCACAAGCUCAGCGCGGCGAAGCUGGUCGGGGACGAGCCUCCGGAGAAGUUGCUGCCGUUACCCAGAGACAUCCGACGCAGCCGGCAGGAGUUCCAGCCCGUGUCAGAGAGCCAGAGUGAGCAGGACCCGGUGGGGCGUCCCAUGAUGCACCGCUCUGCCAUCGUCCAGGCCACCGGCGAGGCCGUGUACUGCGACGACAUCCCCCGAACAGACGGGGAGCUCUUCCUGGCGCUGGUCACCAGCUCCCGAGCACACGCCAAGAUCAUAAGCCUGGAUGCGAGUGAAGCCCUGAAGCUUCCUGGUGUUGUCGAUGUCAUCACAACCAAAGAUAUUCCUGGGAAGAAAGUCCGCCAGAUGUUUGGUUACGAGGAGGAGCUGCUGGCUGAGAAUGAGGUGUCGUGCAUUGGGCAGAUUGUGUGCGGCGUGGUCGCUGAUACGAAGGCGCAUGCCCAGCGAGGAGCAGCCGUCGUGAGGAUCAGCUACCAAGACCUGCCAGACCCCGUCUUCACCAUCCAGGAGGCCGUCCAGAAGUCGUCCUUCUUUGAGCCUCGAAGAGCGAUCGAGAGAGGAAAUGUGACGGACGCCUUCAGCAGUGUUGAUCAGAUCCAUGAAGGAGAGAUUGGGAUGGGAGGCCAGGAGCAUUUCUACAUGGAGACGCAGAGCAUGCUGGUUGUUCCCGUUGGGGAGGAGGCGGAGCUUAACGUCUACGUAUCCACCCAGUGGCCGGCCUUGAUGCAGGACGCCGUUGCAGAGACUUUGGACAUCCCGUCCAACAGGGUCAACUGUCAUGUCAAAAGGCUGGGCGGCGCUUUUGGAGGGAAGGUCACGAAGACGGCCAACCUGGCCUCCAUCACCUCCGUGGCUGCGUGGAAGACGGGCCGCGCUGUGCGCUGCGUCCUGGAGAGAGGCGAGGACAUGCUGAUCACUGGAGGACGCCAUCCUGUCCUGGGGACAUACAAGGUGGGGUUCAUGAGCGAUGGGAGGAUCGUGGCGGCAGAUAUUCAGUACUACACCAACGCCGGCUGCUGUGUGGAUGAAUCUGUGUUGGUCAUUGAGAAGAUCCUGCUCCACAUGGACAACUGCUACAACAUCCCCAACCUGCGCGGCCGCAGCGCCGCCUGCAGGACCAACCUGCCCUCCAACACGGCCUUCAGGGGCUUCGGCGUGCCCCAGACUCUGCUGGUGGUGGAGAACAUGAUGAACGACGUGGCCCUGGUGCUGGGACGCCCCGCCGACCAGAUCCGGGAGAUCAACAUGUACCGGGGUCCGUCAACCACCCACUACAAGUUAGAGUUCAGCCCGGAGAACCUGCUGCGCUGCUGGGACCAGUGCAAGCUCAAGUGCGACUACAGCGCCCGCCGCACAGCCGUUGACCAGUUCAACCAGCAGAACCGCUGGAAGAAGAGGGGCAUGGCCAUCAUUCCCAUCAAAUAUGGCAUUGCCUUUGCAGAGAGCUUCUUAAACCAGGCUGCAGCGCUGGUCCACAUCUAUAAGGACGGAUCUGUUCUGGUCACCCACGGCGGGACGGAGAUGGGUCAGGGAAUCCACACCAAAAUGCAGCAGGUUGCGAGCCGGGAGCUUCACAUCCCGGCCACAAAGAUCUACAUCAGCGAGACCAGCACCAGCACCGUCCCCAACUCCUGCCCGUCUGCUGCUUCGUUUGGCACCGACGCCAACGGCAUGGCCGUCAAGAAUGCUUGUGAGAUUCUGUACCAGAGACUGGAGCCAAUCAGGCAGCAGAACCCCAAAGGCUCAUGGGAGAGUUGGGUCACAGCCGCAUUUUUCCAGAAGAUCAGUCUGUCAGCCACCGGAUUCUUCAGAGGCCCAGACCUCUACAUGGACUGGGACAAGAUGGAGGGCCGUCCGUACGCCUACUUCACGUUCGGAUGCUGCGUCUGUGAGGUGGAGCUGGACUGCCUGACCGGAGACUCCCGGACGGUGAGGACGGACAUCGUGGUCGACAUCGGCAGAAGCGUGAACCCGUCCGUGGACAUCGGCCAGAUUGAAGGAGCGUUCACUCAGGGUUUGGGUCUCUACACUCUGGAGGAGCUGAACUUUUCCCCGUCCGGGCUCCUGUACACUCGAGGUCCGUCUCAGUACAAGAUCCCGGCGGUGUGCGACAUGCCGCUCCAGUUCAACGUGUACCUGCUGCCGGACAGCCACAACCCCCACGCCAUCUACUCCUCCAAGGGUAUUGGAGAACCCGUCCUCUUCCUGGGCAGCUCCGUGUUCUUCGCCAUCAAAGACGCCGUGGCGGCGUCGCGCUCCGAGUCCGGCCUCGUCGGCCCGUUUCCUCUCGACAGUCCUGCGACUCCGGAGAGAAUCUGUCUGGCCUGCGCGUCCAGCUUCACUCAGAAGAUUCCAGCCAGCGAGCCGGGAUCAUUCACACCGUGGAGUUUAAACAUCUGAGCUCAGACUGAACCACAAGCACUCAAUCAGUUUUAAUCUGUGAAUCCGAAUGUUCAACCACUAACUAAAGUUAACCAUGACACAGACUCAUUUCAUUUCAUGUCUUACAGUAUUAAUGAAAUAAGCACAAUAAAAACUAUGUUUCAUCAGUUUUCAUUCAGCUGCUGGAACUAAAACUCGUUUUACUAAAUGGUACAAUUAACAGAUUUUCACAGAUAAUCAGUUUCCUCCAUUUGAUCAGUCUGUGCUGUAUUUCACAUUUAAGUACAACUGUAUAAAUCUGAAAAUGGAUGCACUUUAUUUGAUCAUUUCUACUUAUCAGACAAUAAUAAAGAACUAUAAAACAUG